GCCUUUGCGACAUGGGCGUGUUAGUCAAUGUCGUCUCCGUUGCCCGUAACGUAAGUUGAAGAAUGAGCCAGUGAGAGAAAAGGACUGCGAAUCACAUAGAAUAAUUUGUUUUAGUUUCCUCAAAUGAUGUUCAUUUGAAAGUAUUUCGAGACUUCGUAGGUGUUUAGGUUUUGUACAGUUGUUAUGCUUAGUUAGAGACCUCCGGGAGUUGUUUGUCUAUGUUUAAUAACUGAUUAAUGUGAGGCUCAUCUGCUAGUCGGUUAGCAAAGCGCCUCUGCCACUGCGAUGAUGGAAACUUGAGCAGCUCAAAGCAAACACUCAUCCAGCUCUCCAGACCACCCAAACACAGGACCUCUGUGCCAGGCAACAAAAUGCAGACCAUAAAGUGUGUUGUUGUUGGUGAUGGUGCAGUGGGAAAAACCUGCCUGUUGAUCUCCUACACUACUAAUGCCUUCCCAGAUGAGUACAUUCCUACGGUUUUCGACAACUACUGCACUCAGACCUGUGUGGAUGGCCGUGCCGUCAGCCUCAACCUGUGGGACACGGCCGGUCAGGAGGAGUACGACCGACUGCGAACCCUCUCUUACCCGCAGACGCACGUCUUCAUCAUCUGUUUCUCUGUGGCCAGCCCUUCCUCUCAUGCCAACGUCCGGCAUAAAUGGCACCCAGAGGUGUGCCACCACUGUCCUGGUGUGCCUGUGUUGCUGGUAGGCACUAAGAGAGACCUGCGAGGGGAUAAGGAGACUCUGGAGAAGCUGAAAGAGCAGGGGAUGAGUCCAACCACUCCGCAGCAGGGCAGUGCAUUGGCCCGCAGCAUUGGUGCGGUGCGAUAUCUGGAGUGUUCAGCCCUUCUGCAGGAGGGGGUCAGAGAGGUCUUCAACGAAGCAGUCAGGGCCGUUCUCUACCCCAAUGCCAAGAAGCAUGCCAAGAAAUGUGUGCUGUUAUAACUACGUGAGGGUGUGUGCGUGAGAGAGAUUUUAUGAAGGGUGGAAUGUAAGUGUCAUGUGAUUGUCUCUGCAAAGGUGUAUUGCUACCACUUUAUGUUUGUAUUUCUACACUACAGUUAGCAAUAGGUGCACAGACUGUUAAUGAGAGAGACUGUGUGCUGGUGUAUUUGUGCUUCAACUUUAUGUACGUAUCACCUAAGACAUAAAUACGGUGUUGUAAUCUAAAGUCAGACAGACCAGGGUAGUGGAGUGGAUUUGUCUGAAGGACUAUAGGCAUCAAUGACUUCCUAUAAAGCCUUAAAAACCCCAGCAUAUUUUUAGGAAUCACUCAGAGGAUAUUUCAUGCACCAAAGUGUAAAUUUGGUCUAAAUUCA